CUGUUACAUAAGGCCAUGCCGCAGUUUCAGAUCGUUCUACUGUUUGUGGUUGCUAAAUUAUUGCUCCUUCAACACGCCCUUGCGGUAAUGGGCGAUGAAGACGUUCCAUCGAAAAAGGAUGACAUGCAACGGCAUCGAGCAAAAAGAUGGCUUUGGGACGGUAAGUUAUCUCAUGUACUUUACUAAUAUUUCGUAUUUCUGUAUUCACUUGUAGGCAGUAGUACACUGAGUAAAGUCUUUAUCAGAUAACGGAGGCUUGGCAAAAUACGUUUCCUAUAACAAGGUUUCGUUAAAUCGAGGUUCUUUUUCCUGAUAUCUUUUACUAAUUUCUGGGGUGAAGAAUAUCUUCCGUUAUAGUGAGAACUUCGCUGUACAGACGUUCGUUGUAUCGAGUUUUUUUUUUCAUAUAUUUUACUAUUUCCGGGGUAAAGAUUAUCGUUCGUUAUAAUGAAGACGUCUCUAAAGAGAGGUUCCAAUAUCGAGGUUCCUCUGUACAUACAAUUCAUUAUCAUGAAGCGUUCUCUUUUAACAAAAUACUAGCUAAGUCAAAGUGAAUACCUUUUAAAUGAAAGCGAUUGCCCAGUGCUUCAGGUUGUAGUGGAAGCUCAGUUUCUCUUUAUGUUUUACUUUCCAAGAUGAACUUGUUCAGUUUUUGUUACCCUUUUCAGUGGAGUGCUAAUUUCUGUUCUUAGGGCAAAUGUUUAGAACAUUUUCGCUGUGCAACCGUUAAAAAAGAUGAUUCAAUAAAAGAUGCUUUACGCCCCAAGCGCUACUAUUUUUUAACUAAAUGAACUGGCAGGUUAAGAAUUGUUAUCCAGUUAACGACUGCCUUAUUUCAAACCCAAGUAGUUUUGAGAGGUGGAACUCUGAAUGCCUUGUCUUACAGUUAAAGAACUGCAGAAGAUGCGAUCGAUUCUCCUUUGCGCAGGUCAAGGGAGUUUGAUCGACCCGUUAUUAUUUCAUAUAAUCGUUUUUUUAUUAAUGUCACAAAAAUGACAAUGGCAAAGAGUCCAGAACCCUUUUCUCAUAAACUCUUUUUAAUUAAUAAAAUCCGAUUUGUUUUAUUUUAUAUGAUAAGCUAGAAGGAAAUCAGCUUUUAAGUCAUGAUGCGCCAGGUAUCAAUUUAUCAUUGUAAAUACUAUUGGUGAUUUCCUUGUUUGUUUAGUUAGUUAGAUUCGUAUUAUAGAACUAUAUUUGUGGACAACUGUUAAUUCAGGAAGGCGCAUUGUUUUGAAGAAUGAUUGGAGUGUACAUGCGAAGUUUUUGAAGAAAGAAUUUUGUGACCAAUUAUAUCACCGAAGUCAAAGAUCAAUCUCAUACCUAUUAGCUCUACUACUUGUAAAUGAUUCAAAUAACCUCAUCUUUGCUUUAUUUCAAACAGUUUUUGUUGUCAUUUGUGUAUGAGAAUUGUUAGCUAUUCUGAUAUUCUUCAAGCCACUUUACAAGCCCAUCAGACCACAGAAAGAUACCGAAUAGUCCGUCUAUUUCCGUUUAAGUACCAUGAAUCGGUUUCUGAAGGAUUAUGAAUGGCCGAUCGUUUUAGGCAUUGAAUCCAAGUUUGUCAGCUCUAAGAAACGGCCUGAAUCCGACAAAGAUAAAAAUAAAAUGUCCUUAUAUGCACCGCAUCUACAAAAUCGACCUUUCCCUGCCAAAAGUUCAGUCUUAACAAUCCAGUCACGUCCAUUUGAGUUUAUCUUCCUACUACGUGCUACACUCCACUCUAGUUAAGUGGAGUUUUCCGAUAGGAAUUACAAAACCGAGCUAACCAAACAAAAAUAUUGACAUAAAUUUCAGGUAGUUUUGGAAUGCAUUUUCUUAUCCCAGAUCAAUCGAAGAUCCUUGUCGAAAACAGUCGAAAAUCUUUGUCAGAAUGUUUGUUUUGUAUAGUAGUUCUUUAGUCCAAUUCCUUGUCAAUUGUAGAUGAGAGACUGUUGUUUUCAUUGCUCUGGGGAAAUUCGUUGUCAACAAAAGUUGUUGACUAUGUAAAUAACUACCAUUAAGUAGUUAACGAAUUCUCUGUCUUAGUAAUUGCAUUAGGUUUAUUGAUAUGUUUGUAUUGUUCAGAAACUUUUUUUUACUAGAAUUCCUCCCCAUUUUGUUUUUCCGCAAGUUCGCCUGGAACGGAUAUUAAAAGAAAAUUGUGAAAUAGUUCUUUUCAGGAAAAUUAAAUGACACGCUUUUGGGUCAAGAUUCCUUUUUAGUAGCAUUCAAUUCCUUUUUAGUGACAUUUAGUCUUUGCAUUCACCAAAAAUAUUCCCACCACUAAGCAAAAGCUUUCCUCCUCGCUUAGUAAAGAUAAGUUUCUUCUCACAACCCUCUGGGGGCAUAAGAAAGUCUACCUGAAGUGAUCAACCAUUUUGUCACAUGUAUCGCCUAAGAUCACGAAGUUAUUAAAACGAGUCUUUUUUUAGUCAUUGUUCAGCCGUACGGGUUUUUUUUUAGUCCUAACAAAUAUCCUGUAUCAGCAAGUGGAUGACACAAACGUUUCAACAAAUUAAGAGGAAAUUUGUAAGCCAUUAGUUUGGUUUGUCACAGGUAAUUCAUCAUUAUCGAUGAAGCAGAACGAAUAGUUCAGCUCAAGAUAAGGCCACUUUGGAAUUGGACCGCUUUAUGACCGUGUAUCGAACCUGCAAGUAAACUCUAGACUGACUAGACGGUCGCACUGUAUUAGGCAGCACUGUAUUAAGCACGGGACUAUAAACAGUCACUUCACUCAAACGGCCCCGACGAGCCUGCUUCCAGUCUUCACCUCUAUUUCACUGUCAUUAAAAAAAGAAAAUUUGAAGCAACAAGAAAUAAAAAUAACAACAACUGGAUUUCCUUUAUUUACCCACGGCGCAGAGUUUAGCACAAAGUCUAUAGUCAGAGCGUUUUCACUCACGUGACCAACAGCUACAACUUGUAUGCAUAACUUAUUGGAACAAACGAAAUUUUUACCAAAGAAAAAUGCUCCUCAAUUCUCAUAGCACUGGUUUGGGACACCAACAUAAAUGCAAUAAAAUUUAAGGUUCAACUAUGCAACCCACCGUUGAAAACUUUAAAACCAUUUGAACUUACCUGACCUCUCGGGAAACAGCCCUCAAAUUCAUGAAUAUUAUUGGUCCGUUUGCAAAAAAACUUGAGAAUCAUUUGUUUUCAAAAAACGUUGUGAUUCGAUAAUCUUCUUCCAAGUGCCCAGAUUCGAGUAAUCGCACUGUAAGUAAAAUGAAAAUGAAAGCCAUUUUUGCCUUUUUUUUAACCUUUUUUUAAUUACACACAUCUAUUGAGCGUGACUUUUAAGAGUACUAUAACUUUUAUAAACAGACAAAUCUUAGCUGAGGCAAACUGAACAAUUUUAAAUUUUCCCUAUAACAAUUAAUGUCUUUCUUUUGAUAUUAUAGAAAAACUGUAUAAUAUUCACUAUUGUUUGAGUAGACCCUAAUUCAGUCAGCGUCAUUUUUGCAAACAGAACUUGGUGCGACGAAAAUCCUUUUUGAUCAUGUGCAAGUGCAUUCUCCUAUCCUGAUGGGAGAGUUGGAAAGUUUUUCCUCUGAACUACUGUAUGUUUCGAUGUUUCUCGCUAUUUUGAACAGUGUGGUUUAAUGUACGAACUGCUGGCCUCAAACCGCGGGUAGUCCAACCGCUAAGCUAAGGGGGGGGGUUGGGUUCGCACGUUAUCAAUUAGGGACCUGAAAUUUUCGUAUAAGGGUACAUAACAACGUAAUCCCAAUAAGUUGAUAAAUUUUUAAUCAAGUUGCCCGAAAAAUCAGAAGUUGCUCCAAAUGGUAAAGGUUACUAGAAAGUUGCUUCUUGUAGCAAAAGUUGCUAAAAAAAUUGCCGAGCAACGUGUGGCUGACGCUACCUGGGCUAUAUUGCUAAUAGAAAUCCUACAUUGGAAAUCCUGGAUUUCUGACAGGUACAGAGCUUCGGGUCCCUUUACUUUUUCUCCGGACCACAACCUUGGUCAACUUUUUAAUACAUAUUUUAAAAUAACCUAAACACAACUGGCAAUUUUUGUGUCUGACUCGUAAUAAGCGAUUUCCGAGAUCCAAAAUCCGCCACUUUUAAAAAGAGGCCAAGUGCAAAACCUUUCUUGUGAAAAUGAGAUUUAAUUGCAUAAAAUAAAAAUGGAAAAAAAAAGUCAUUUCCAUAUCAAUAGGUUGGCACUUAACCUCACUUUGAAACAGAGGCCUAGGGCGACUCGGAAAUUGUCCUGGGAGUAUAAUAGUGGUUUGAAUUUCCGAAUCAAUUUAGGUUUCUGGGAAACUGCCCACCUACCCUUUCCCUAAGCCGUCAUUUUGCACUAAGUGAGAAGUAAGUGUUUAUGUUAGUUUAGGGGAGGAGCAGGUUGGCUGUUUGCCAAUUGAUUCGAAUUUCCUUUCUUUUGGCACAAGGAAGGAUAGAAAACUCUAAGCACUUUUCCUUCUAUUUGCUAAUAUCAUCUUCGUUUUAUUCACUUAGUUUCAGUUACUGAUCUAACCUUCAAUUUUAAUCUCAGUUACUGAUCUUACCAUUAAUUGUUAAACUGAUGCAAUUAUAAAGCGGGUCGGUUGGCCAUUCUUCGUAACUUAGCGCCUAUGUAUAAGUUUACUGUACUAUACUUUGUUUUUUUUCAACAUAGCACUCACUUGAAAAUAAUGAGGUUUUCAAAUAUAUAUGGACGCUUUUGAAUCGGUUUUAAGAGCUAACAAAAUUUCCUUUUUAGACUCAGGGUGUGGUUUGAUUCCCGGCUGUGAUGAAUGUACUGAUGGUCUAGUGUGUAAGACCUGCAAACAAUCCUUUAUACCUGUAGAGUACGAAAGAAAUAGAAAGAUAAUCAUUCGAUGUACGCGAUCGUGCCCGGUGGGCUUCAACAUCACCUCAAGACAGGGAUAUUCCAGGAUAUGUAUCAGGACAGAGCUUGGUAUGUUAUACAGUAAGCAUGCCAUCUUUGUAGCGUCUAUAGAGAUACUCUCGACUGACGUGUUUCCCCUGAGAUUUUAGACCAAAUGAUGCCGGUUUAGGUGUAUAUGAAUGCGUAUAUUACAAAACGUCAAAGAAUUAUUGUCCUGAGAAGGUAACAUGGUCUGAAAGGGAGGAGCUGAUAAUACACAUUCGGCUUAAAAAACAUCCGGGUUGUACUUUAGGCCACUGGAUACGUGUAGUAGAGUUCAAACGCUAAACUCCAUAGAAGGACUGUUGGUUGUAUUAAAUAAAUAGAUAAACCAUGCACAGAAAUAACGUUUUACCAUGUAAUCAACCCUUUUGAAAGGGCUAAAACGCAUCUAGUUUCCAAUAGCCCACGUUCGAUAAUUUACAUUAAAAUUCUAACAUGACUCCGAGACUUUAGGGUACCAACUGCAAAGUUUUCACAUUCGACUCUAUAUUGUCUCGCAAUUUCCAGAUGAGACUUCAACACAAAGAAAACCAAACCAAACAAAGAAAAAUGACCAGAAAGCCCCGGAGUCAUGUUGCAAUUUUAAUAUAUCGAACGUGGACUAUUGAAGCGGGUGAUCAAUGUAGGUUUCUGGGAAACUACCCACCUACCCAUCCCCUAAGCUAACAUUAACACUUACUUCUCACUUAGUGAAGAGAGAAUAUAGGGAAUGAUCAACAAGUUGUUAUAAUGAGAAAUUUAAGUUAUUGAAAGUACAUAGAACUGGUCAAAAGUGUUUGAAUGAAUGAAUGAAUGAAUGAAUUACAAUGAAUUAAUGAGCGAACAUUUCAACCUUGAAUCCUACUGUUUUCUAAGGCAUAAGAUUGUCCUCCCAGCAAAGUGAAGCCAUUUCAUUCAAGUAAAAUCCAACUAGUGGUCUAUUAUCAAUGCUGUGUUCUGAUUGGUUGAGCUACUACUAGGCUAUAAUGUUAUAGCCCACUAGUAGCGAAAAUCGCAUGAUUUUUGGCGGCAAAAACGGAUUAAAGACUUGCUUUAAGUUGUUUUGUCUGGAUAUUUUUGACCAACUGGUUGGAUUUUACUAAAAACAAUUAUUCCGCUCUUCCUCAUAGCCUCCGAGUCAAUAGCCCAUUCGGCCUUCGGCCUCAUGGGCUAUUGACUCAGAGCCCAUUCGGGCUCGAGGAAUAAUUGUUAAUUAGUCUGAUUCUUGGAUCGCUUGCAUUCAUGAAAUAACGUGGUUUAAUCACGUACCAGAAGACAAAAAAAAAUACACAGAACUAACCCAUUUAUACCACGCCUCUUCUCACUUCAGGUCGAUUAAACAAGAUUGCUCUACGCACGCAGAUUUUGGAGAAGCGAACCAAACCAAAUUCGAAUGGCAAGUGCUGAUUUUCUUGGGCGUAUCCCUGUUUCACUUCUGAGGCUGAGACAUAAUAUUGUCGCAAAAGAGCAGCUUAAAGAUAAUCGACCUCCUUUCAUGUAGUCUUCUGGAAGGUUACCCGGAGGUUUAAGAAAUAAUAAACCCCCAUAUGGCCUGCUAGAACCUGGACUUUUAUAACGCCUUUCGCUACAAUUGUAGCUUUGUCCUCAAAGUGAGCCAUCCAGCUCGGUGACAAUUUUGCGUUCACGUUCUCGGCUGUUUGGGGAUUAAUAGAGUAAGAGACACCAAUAACCCAAGUCCUUCAGAGCUAAUACCCCGUUGACUUAUUGACCCUUUUGUAAGUUAAGUGGGAAAUGUUUCUAUAUAAGUAAAAACGGAUCGGAAUGAUUCAGCGCAAAUCACUUUGCCUGCGAAUUCAGCUGCCUCUCUCGUUUCCCUUCGUGGAGGACGUUUCUAAAUGUCACAGCGUUGGGGAGCAAUGAGAGCAGAGAGGGGCUGUGUUCACAGCUUACGAAGCAUUUUGAAAGCACUAAAACCUAGUGGAAUUAGCUUCCUUCCUUCCAGUCGCCGUAAGUGGUUUAUUCUAUACUAACUGUACGAAUCUUUGAUUGUCAAUCAUCAUAUACUUACAGAAAUUCGUUCAUUCAUUCGCGUGGGGUGAAUGGAUAAGCAGCGUUUUAUGUUGCUGUGAAUUUGUUCGAUUUGUUUUCAAGGUUGUACUGCACGAAACUGCGAUGACUGCCACCAGCACAGUCCUGCAAGCUGCGCGAAUUGCACUCAAGGAUAUUACUCACUUCAGAAAAAGAUUAUGGGAAACGUGAGAUGUGUGAAAAACUGCCCAAUUGGUUUCACACCCUCCAUGGACAGUGACGGAAAGAAGCUAUGCAAAGAUACACAAUCAAGUAUGUAAUUCCUUUAUUUCGCAUUGUGUAAAGGAUCGAGAACUAUUUAAUUAUAGCAUUCAGUUGCAUGUUAGCUAUCUCUGUAUGACUAGAAACGCAACAUGGGACACAGACCCGGCUGGAAAGGCAGAAGCACAUAAUGUUUGACCCUAUUCAGCUGUCCAUGCCGGUACAGGAUAUCGUGAUUGAUUGCCGAUCUCUCUGGGCUGAAUACGGCAUACCAUUUGCGAACUAAUUCUAAACAGGUUCUAAUUGUAGAAACUCAGAGCAUUGUUUUGUUCGAUGUUCUUAACUGUGCUCUUAAACAGUGAUUGUUGUCCUUUAUAUGGCAGGGUUUUUUUAGAUGUUCUUUUUACCUAAAAAUGGUUCACCCCUUUACCCAAACUUGACUCAAGUAACCCCUCCGGAACACAAACGAUCAAUCAAAUGCUGGCUAAAUUGUGAAGGCCUCAAGAUUUCAAGAGGUUAAAAAAAAUGGAAAUCGCAAGACGGUAUUUUUCAGUACUGUCUAGUGCGAACUGACAGAUUUUGGGCGAUUUAAUUACGACGCAAUUUCUAAGCUCUUAGAAGCAAUAGUACUAAAAAGUUUCUAUAAAAUGAUAUAAUGAGGGUGUUUAAAAUCGCUUCCUUUAUUUUCAGAGUGUAAACCCAUCGUGCCUAAUUGUGCCAAGUGUCUCGAUAGCCUCCGUUGUCGGAAAUGUAGGAACGCUUUUCACGCUUUCUUUAACAAAUCUGGCAUGGUUUGUGUUCGGAAAUGUCCAAAAGGACUUGUGCCCUUUAAUUCAAGCUACUUUGGCAAAUACUGCAAAAAGCCACUUGCAGGUGAGUCGUUCCGUACACUACUGUUUUAGUAACAGGUUUGAGUUCCCGUUAUGUGUGUCAGUGAGUCAAAAUAACUAAUUUUGAUAGUAUUAUAUGUAUGAAAACUUAAUUUUGUAAAUAGCUUUAACAUUGUCUUAUUUAUUUUUAUCUCUUAUUCUGUUUGUUUUAGUUUGCAGUGGCAUACCUUUAUGUAAAUUAGCUGUUGAAGUUUUCAUUUAAACUAAUCCAUAUAGCUAAGCAUAUGUUCCACUUUAAAUAGAGUACUGUUAAUUAUUGGUAUUGUUCCUUGAUAACGGUUUGGCCCAUUUGACGUCGAAGGUAACAGGGUAGCUCCCGAUCAACAAUUAAGCAAUUCCCCGUUGAAAAUGAAGCCACUGACGUUUGUUUCCCGUGCACCAAAAGCCUGGUUAAACCAAGGCUAACCAUGGUGCAAGCCUAGUUCAACCAACCAAAGCUUACUAAUGUUUUCAAAUUAAACCGGAUGCAUAUGUGCAAAAAGCCUGGUAUUCCUGGUAAGCGUAGCAAGCCUUGUUAUUCUGUAGACCAGGAAAAACAGGGUUCAACUAGACUCUUUAAAUGAUGAAUUAACCAUGAUAGGACUAACAAAAGACAAAAAAAGUAAAAGUGUGUUUAAUAGGGAAAAGGUAUCAGAGUGGACUAAGAAACAAAUUUUGUUUAGUACUUAGUCUGGGUCGGGUUGCAUGAAACAUCUUAAGAUUAAGGGAACUCGUAACUAUUUGUACAAAACAAUAGGUUAAUGUUUCAGAACAAAAGUUAGGAGAGCUCUUAUCUUAAGAAAGCUUUAUGCAACCUGGCUCUAGCCCCCAUUGCAUCUGACAUUCAAAUUUGCCAUUAAAAAGCUGAUUGAAUUAAUUGCUUUCUGGUCAGAAUGCAGAUAUGUUGCUAAUUGUGCUAGAUGCCCUGACAAGAUCAACUGCCGGAGAUGUAAGCCAAGAUAUUUUAAGAUCAAAAUUUCUGCAUCCCACAAUUCAACUUGCGUGGUCUCUUGUCCUCGUGGGUUUGCGAAAAAGGGGAGAAGGUGCCAGCGAAUUACGGAAGGUAAUCAAUCCUUUAAUUUAUUUUGUAUGCAGCAAUGAUUAAAGGUCCUAAAUAAUUUUAAUUUUUAUUUAGCACUUGUUACUGAACAGGAUGUCAUGGCUUGGAAACGCGGCCGUGAUGGAUUCUCAAGGUCUAGUUUAUAUAACUGUAGCCACGUAGAAGCUGCGGCAGCGCAGGGCAUCCUGUCAAUUACUUCCAGGGUGGACAUUUUUGAAAAAAGGCCAAUUCCCGUCCUCAUCCCCAUAAGGGUAGAGACAGAUACUUAACAGUACCUUCUAUCGUACAGUAUUAUGAUAUUUCACUGCCACUGGGGCAUACUUGUAGGACUUAGCUUGUCUUUGGUCAAUUUUUCACUUUCAAAUAGUACCAUAUACCACUGGACGAACGAAAACGAUUCGCAAAUUAAACGCCACGUCUGGACGACAAUCUUUUUCAAAUUCAGGAAACAAAUUGUUUGUUGUUAAAGAAAGACAGAAAUGAGUGGAUGGGGCCUUAAGUGAGUCAACUGGACGGGGAUUCAUUUAAAUUUUCUGGAAAGACUUCUUUUUAAUUCAUUUCCCUGUAGAUGGCUGUGCUGGUGAAUAUUGUUUGACUUGCAAAGAGGGAUGGUUUCGAAUCAACUACAAUAAGAGGCGUUGCCAGCGCAAGUGCCCCAAAGGAUUUUACACCUUUAGGAGUAUACAAAAUUACUGCCUGAGUAAGUACAUUCUCUUUUGCAUUAUUAGACUGAUUUAGCAACAGGACGAGACCGUCAGUUGGCGACGGGAAAGCGCGCGGAAAGGACUAAACACGACUUCCGGUGCCCAAUUUGCCGCUCUGCCAUUGGUCAAGCCAGUUGUUUGAUUUGCGCGCGCCGUUGUCAACUGACGUUCCCGUUCUGUUGCUAAAUCAGCCUAUUAGGGAGCUUAAGCAGCGACGUUAUUGAGCGACGCACGUCAACCGGAAGUGAGGUAUUUUCCCUCUUAACAUGCCUUGAUGAUAUAAAAUUUGUAUUCCUUAGCUUCUUUACUGUUAUAGAGGCGAUUUGACUGAAAAUUUGCGCGAAACCACCGUCAAAAAAUGAAAAAAGGCCACUUCCGGUUGACGUGCGUCGCUCAAAAACGUUGUUGCUUAAGCUCCCUAUUAUCUCACCACAACGGGAAAUGCUAGAUUCCAUAGCUCAAAAGGAGUGAGCAACCCCACCCAAACCUUGUUUUCACGAAAACCGCUAGGCACCGCCACCUCCUUUUCAGCUGUGGAAACUACUGCCUACCCACCACAACAGCAUGUGCAUUAUUUGGAUAUCUGCCCCACCUGAAAACUGUAUUUUUGCUAAUAAAUUGCCAAAAAUCGUAAUCCUUUCUUAAUUAUCUUUAGUUAACAUUUCUCGUCACUAUAAUAUACAAAUGGGUCUUCAAAUUUUGCCAACAUUAACACAACGAAUAGACAGAUAGCUACUGAAGGCAUUCGUAAUAAGUCGGAGAAAAAUAUGAUUAUGAUGAUGAUGAUGAUGAUGAUGAUUAUCAUUUAUAUAUUUAUUUUACUUAGUGAUAAAAAUUGAAGAAGGUGGUGGUGGAGGCUGGAUGUCAUACAACUCCGAUGUUAGCUGAUAAAGGGACUCGUAAAGUUACAUUUAGUGAUAGUUAAGAUGUAGUGGAUUUUUUAAAACGUUUUUCCUUAACAUCUUUUUUUUUAAAAACAGGAUGUUCGGAAAACUGCGAAAAGUGCAGUAAUGGCUAUGACUGCCUCAAGUGCAAUUCAGAAACCUCAAGUCUGAAGGCCCCUGGUCUGCGCACUACCUGUGUGAAAAGUUGUCCCUUGGGUUACACGAAACAGGGAGAUCGGGCAAAGGGAAAAUCCUGUCAGCUUAUCAAAAGGUCAGUCAAAGGGAGUGAGUCUGGCCUCAUUGCUUUAAGUCUUCACGGUUUUGCAAAUGAGAACUAUCUCUGA